AUCAAAGCAACAGCCACAGCAAUAUCACUUCUUCUCCUUAGGCAAGAAAAAGAAACUUAAGAAUAGAAAUGGAAAGCAUUGAGAAAGCAAUUCCUCCAAUUGUUGUGCCUUCUGAUCCAUUCUCUUACUCUCCUAAUUCUGAUCCUUCUUCUGAUUCUUCUUCACCAUCUUCUCAUCACUCUCCUUCCCCUAAUUCCAAUCACUCCUCUCCAACACUUCCUCCUCCUCCUCCUCCUCCUGUUGUUCUUAGCCCUUGUGCUGCGUGUAAAAUCCUUCGCCGCCGAUGCGUCGAAAAAUGUGUUCUUGCUCCUUAUUUUCCUCCUACUGAGCCUUACAAGUUCACCAUUGCUCAUAGAGUCUUUGGUGCUAGCAACAUCAUCAAAUUCUUGCAGGAACUGCCCGAAUCUCAAAGAGCAGAUGCAGUAAGCAGCAUGGUUUAUGAAGCAAAUGCAAGACUCAGAGACCCGGUUUAUGGAUGUGCAGGUGCAAUUUGCCAGCUUCAGAAACAAGUGAAUGAGCUACAAGCUCAACUUGCCAAGGCACAAGCUGAGGUAGUAAACAUGCAAUGCCAGCAAGCCAAUUUAGUUGCUCUAAUUUGCAUGGAAAUGCAGCAGUCUCAUCUUCAUCAAGAACCCAUAUUUCAGCAGCAACAAUUCAUCGAUACGAGCUGUUUCCUUGAUGAGACAAACUUGGGCACAUCCUGGGAGCCUCUUUGGACAUGAUCAUCAUUUAAAUAUAUAUAUUUAUAUAUACUCAAAAGAAAGAAAUAAAUUAUGCUCAAUUAAUUAUUUAUAAUUAAGGUAGAAAUUGAGUCAGUGAUCGGUGAUUUUUCCUUUAGUCUAAAGUUGACGAGUGGAAAAUAAACAACAAACUGAUGAUGAUGGGUCUCUUUUCCUACUUGUUAUUCUUGAAUAUGUAAAAGGAGCGAUAAUUAUGUGUAACAUUAAAGAGAAGGAAAGGAAGAAAGAAAGAAGGAAGUGAGGUAGCUGAUAUAUAUAUAUAUAUAGAGAGAGAGAGAGAGAGUGAUUUGUGCUAAUUAUUCUUGAAUCUAAAGAAGUUUAUUGGUGACCUAAUUUAUCAAUGUAAACAAUGUUAUUUCACCAUGA